AUGACUGAUGCUGCAGUGGUGUGUAAAGAGCUGGGCUGUAUGAACGCUCUACGCACUGUGAGUUUUGGAUCAGUAUCAGAAUCAGUGAUGAUGGGAUAUGCAGACUGUAGCGGAUCAGAGUCUUCACUGAAGAACUGUUUUACUGAUACAUCUUAUCAGUAUUGUACUACACCAGUUGCUGGAGUCGAAUGUUCAGGUGACAAACCUAGACUCACUGCUGGUCCUCAUGAAUGUUCUGGACGACUAGAAGUACCUAAAGACAAUAAAUGGCACACGGUGUGUGAUGCUGACUUUGACGAGCAGGAUGCAGAGGUUGUGUGUCGAGAGCUGGGCUGUGGGCUUCCUGUGGAGGUGCUGGGAGCAGGUGCUUUUGGCAGAGGGGACGGUCAGGUGUGGUCUGAGGAGUUUCAAUGUGAAGGGAAUGAAUCUCAUCUUUACUCCUGUAAAAAAAGUUCCACAAGCAAAAAUAUCUGCACCCAUGACUACGACGUGGGAAUAACAUGCACUGGUCAUACUCAGGCUCGACUGGUGAGUGGCUCUGACUCUUCUAACUGUUCUGGUAGAGUGGAGCUCCAGUACUUCAGUGAAUGGGGCUCAGUGUGUGAUGUAAGCUGGGAUAUGAGAGCUGCCAGUGUCCUCUGUGGUCAGCUGAACUGUGGGAGUGCUGUGGCUGUGUUGGGGUCAGACUGGUUUGGGGAGGGGAGUGGCCAGAUCUGGGCUGAUGUGUUUGAUUGUCAGGGGAACGAAACGCACCUGUCAAAAUGUCCCAUUUCAUCAUGGAGUCGAACUGCAUGCUCUCAUAAACAGGAUGCUGGCGUCAUCUGCAGUGGUUCCUCUCUGGCAUUUCAGGAGGGGCGAGUGAGGUUGUCUGGAGGGAUGGAGUGUGAGGGGGAGGUGGAGGUUUACUUCAUGCAGGACUGGAGGAGAGUUCUGCUGGACUCCUGGAGUGAGUCUGAGGCCUCUGUGGUCUGCAGACAGCUGGGCUGUGGCUCUGUGAUCAGCUUCUCCAGCUCCUCUAAAUCCCGUCCUGAAGACAGACACAUGUGUGUGACAGGUUUCAAUUGUUCUGGGAGUGAAGCUCAUCUGGGGAACUGCAGUAGCGCACAAGCAGUUAACUGUAGCUCCAGAGAACAGCUCUCAGUCUCCUGCUCUGGUAAGUUUAAUCCAGCUCAAAGCUCCAUCAGGCUGGUUGGUUCUGGGGGAGACUGUGCAGGAAGGCUGGAGGUUUUCCACAGUGGCUCGUGGGGGACAGUGAGUGAUGAAUUGUGGGAGAUUAAGGAUGCGCAGGUGGUGUGCAGACAGCUGCAGUGUGGAGUGGCCCUCAGUGCUCCAGUACCAGCCCGGUUUGGACCUGGAACUGGAUCCAUAUGGCUGGUGGAGUGUGAAGGGAGUGAGACGUCCCUGUUGAACUGCAGAUUUCAGCUGUCUGGAGAGGAUGAUUGUGAACACAGGAAGGAUGUAGGAGUCGUGUGUUCUGAGUUUAAAGAGCUCAGACUCACUCAGGGCUGUGAGGGGAAUCUAGAAGUGUUCUACAAUGGAACCUGGGGCAAUGUGUGUGUAAAUGGGAUGGAUGAAGAAACAGCAAGUUUGAUCUGUCAAGAGUUGAACUGUGGGAGAACUGGCAGUGAGUUCUGGGCCAAAGCAAGAGUGGAAUCAGCUCCUAACUGGCUGGAUGAUCUGAAAUGUAGGAAACAUGACUCCACUCUGUGGCACUGUCCAUCUUCACCCUGGGGAAAUUAUAAGUGCAAUGAGGUCGCUAAAAUUACCUGUUCAGCAAAGGAAAAUCAUUUUGUGCAGCGAAGUCAUCUGAAAUGCUUCUUGUCAUCUCCCCAUCAGAGACAGUGCUCAAAGCACCUGCCUCUCAAGCUGAAGGGAGGAAAUGGAAGCUGCUCUGGGAGGCUGGAGGUGUUUUAUAACACUGAGUGGGGGUCUGUCUGUGAUGAUCUGUGGGACAUCAGUGAUGCUCAGGUUGUCUGCAGGCAGCUGGGCUGUGGGCCGGCGCUGAGUGCUGAUGGGAGUGCUGUCUUUGGUGCUGGUGUAGGGCCUAUCUGGCUGAACAGAGUGAAGUGUAGAGGGAAUGAGAUUCACCUGUGGGACUGUCCUCAUUCCCUCAAGAAACACACUGAGUGCUCCCACAGGCAGGAUGCUGGAGUCACCUGUAAAGAUAUAUCAGUGCCUCCUACUACUACACCCAUAACACCAACCAUCACCUUCACCACUACAGUUGAUCAGACACUGAAGAGAACAACCACUCCUCCACAAACUCUUUCAGCAUCCAUUUAUUCGGUGUCUCUCCUAGUUUUGGGAGCAGUGCUCUUCCUGGCCUUAGUGCUUCUGGUUGUGCUGUUUUACCAGAACAGAGUGCUCAGGAGAGUGCUCUCUAGGAGGAGGCGUAAGACUCUGACUGAGGCAGUCUAUGAGGAGAUCGACCGCAGAUACAUCACUAAAAAAAAUGACUCAACUCGAAGAGGAAAUGUCCUCUCUGAAGAGCAGCAUUCAGGAUAUGAGGAUGUGGAUGAGGAGCUUCUCUCAGGAAGUGUCCUCUCUGAAGAACAGCAUUCAGGAUAUGAGGAUGUGGAUGAGGAGCUUCUCUCAGCAAAGUCUCUGAAUGGCAUAAAUGUAGAAUAUUAUGAUGAUGUCACCACCAGUGGCCUGAUAAGGGAAUCAGCAAAAGAGUACGAAGCAGAGAGCUAUGAUGAUGUCAUCACUGCUGGACAGAUCUCUGAUAGUGUAGCAGAGGACGUAGCAGAGAAUUAUGAUGAUGUCAUCACUGCUGAUCAGAGCUCAGCUGUUGUAACAGAAGACAUGUCAGAAAACAAUGAUGAUGCUGUUACCGCUGGACCAAACUCCAACAUUAUGACAGUGGACACACUAAAGAAUUAUGAUGAUGUCAUCACUGCAGGACAGGACGUAGGAGAGGUAAAAGAUUAUGAGGAUGUGGAGGAGGAGCCUCAGGCAGAGAUGAAUCAUGCAACUGAGAGCACACAGCCAGUGUCUUUCCUCAGGAAAUUACAUUCAAACCUCUUCAAACGCAAGAAAUUUUAAGAUUUUAUCAUAAAUCACCCCCCCACACAUACACAGCUAAACAUCCCCCCACACAGAGUUCACAUGUUUCUUUUUUAUACAUUUUCUAUAAGUUCUACCAACCCUAGUCAGCUAGGAACAAGUGUUAUAUUCAUAUGCAUGUUUAUGAUCUUACUUUGAUCUAUUUAUUCUCUUUUCUAUCUUCUUGAAAACAUUCUGUAUCUGAUGUGAUGAAGGUAGGAAAACCUUCAUUUUUAAGUACAGUUUAACAACAUGAUUAUUUUUGGUUGAAUGUCUGAAAUUAAAGGAAAAUUAAUUUUCAUUGUAAAUGACGUAUGACAGCUUUCUGUUUUCAGUGCUGCCAUUUAAAAUCAUGCAGCACCUCAUAACUGUCUAUAGAGCAAUUAUAAAGCACUGAUCACCUACUGAAUACUGUGCUACACUGUGAAAAUGGUAUGUUCACUGGUUUCUUUUUAAUACUGUUUUUCAUAAUUGAAUAUUUGUUUUUAAUAUUGUGAAUAUAUGAAAUGUAUUUUUAAUAUGGUCUCUAAGGACAGUGUAGGGUUCAAUUGUUAAUGCUGAUGGUCUUUCAUAA